AUGGUUGGCCACAGACCUAGCACCCUGCUGAGAGCAGUUAAGAUAAAUUUUUGGCAAUGUCUGAGCGAUGAAGACCGCCUUGUCCUUAAUGAACGAGUGUGCAUCGCAGCUGGUGAUGAACACGUUGUCUUCUCAAGUGAUAUUGCAUAUUCUAAGAUGUUUGUGGAGAGAGUUUACGAUUUGGGAGUACGCAUGGUAAUUGAUAUUCUACAAGACCACUUCGACUACGAUGUUCUAUCCGCUGAGGAUACGCCAAAGCUGUUACCCUCGAUUUCCGCUAGUGAGAUCGUCCCGCGAUUCAGCGUUGGCUGUUAA